AUGCAACCGAGAAAGUACCCGCCAAUCCUCCCGUCGGCUCCUCUGCCGGAAGAGGAAGAACCGCUGAAUCCCGGCCCCGGCCCCGGCCCCAGUACGCGACGGCAGAGACCUGGUGCCUGCACUACAUGUAGACGUCGCAAGAUCAAGGCGAGCGAUUUGAUUGCCGCUUUUUGCGAUGGCGUGCGACCGAAGUGCGCCAAUUGCGAAAAGCGAGGCGUAAGAUUUUGUGUCUAUAUCGAUAAAGUCAAGGCCGGACCCGAGGCGAUGGAGGUGCUCGAGCUCUUGAAAUCCUUGCCCGUGGGCGAAGCGUUCGGGCUCUUAAAUUCGCUUCGAGAAAACGGGGAUCCGGCGACCGUCUUGUCGGUGCUGAGAGAGGGCGACGCGGAGGGACAGUCUACGUUCCUAGGCGCGGAAGCCCGAGGAUUCCUUCCUCCUCGAAACAUGCUCGAGCUGGAGCUUAUGGCCAACAACUCCAAGACGUUUCUUCCCUUGCGCCGUAUAGAUGCGCACGUCUUGGCUAAGAGCGAUCUCCUACGCCCUAUGCGACGGUCUAUAGAGGCUAACCCUAUGGGCCCAUCGUUUCUCGUCGACGCUGCCUCGGAAGGCAGACGUUUUCCUCCUCCCGUAAGUCCUAGACGAGGAGUCGGCUAUUGCGACGAACGACUUCAUAGUUUGCAGGUCGAUUUCUGGACCAAUGUGAUGGUGACCAACGAGUUUACGGCGCAAGUCAUCUCUCUCUAUAUAAAAACUGACCACCCGAUAUUAGGCCUUUUUAGUCCAUACCUCUUUAUCACAGACCUAGUUAAUCAGCAGCGUAGGUUCUGCUCUAGGUUCCUUUUUCACGCGUUGAUGUAUCUUGGAUGUCAAAUGUAUAGCGCUUUUGACAAGGAUGCGAUGCAAUUUGCCGAUGAGUUCCUGCAGGAGGCUCAAAAGGCGCGGAAAGAAGAACCAGACUCGUAUUCAUCCAUGGCAGGUGCUGUAUUGCUCAGUAUAUCUCUCAUAGGAAAUAGUAAAGAUCACGCGGUUCUCUUCUAUGCAAAAGAAGCGAUGCAGAUGGGUAAGAAUUUAGGGCUCUUCGAUGACGACGAGGGAGGGCCGGCGAGGUCGAACGAGAAUAUGUUGAAAGAGGAUAUGGCGGCACGCUGUUACGCGGCGUGGGGUACGUUUAAUUGGAAUGUACUUGUAUCGCUAUUUUAUCGGCAGCCAGGCGCGGAGAGCCCGAGCUCGGCUCCCGUAUUGCCGAUCCCAGGCGAGAGGACGCCCGCGCGCCAAGAGGGUGAUAUGGGCGAGGGUUUUCCGGCUGGCGAGGAGCUUCUAGGGACGAUCUUCCCCGCGCUCUGUCAAUUUUGGCAGAUAAUCCAAGGAGCUGCGUGGAUAUAUACCCCAACCCAAGGCCGUCCGCCGGAUAUCUUUAAGAUGGCUCUCGUCGAGCAUAAGUUUCGUGAGCUAAUCGCCUGGGCGGAAGCCCUGCCCUUACCUCUGCUUCGAGCAGAGGACCAGACCCAUCAUGUUAUCCUACUUCACAUAUGGCUUCAUUGCGCUAUUCUCGACGUGUUCCGACCCUUCAUCGGGAAGCCAGAAGGUCAACGACCGCGUCUGACGACGUUUUCGGCGUGCGAUAGCUCACCGGAUGCGGUUUACGCCGCGUCGGUCGCUCAGCUUAAGAAUCUUAUCGUCGAGUAUCGCAGCAAGUUCGUGGAAUCUACCUGCUCGAUACUCUGGCAUACCGGCCUCCUUUACCUAGCGAACGCCAUGCUGAAGGAUGCGAGCGACCCGGAUCGGCGCCUCUACCUGAUGCUCUGCCUAUACGGCUACGAAAGCCUCAGUCGUCCGUUCCGCAUCUCCGAGGUCAUCGUCCAAGGCUUGUUGUCCAUGACCCUGAAGGAGACGGACAUGACAGGAAGCGAGGCGCAAAGAAUAGUCGACCAGCUCAAAGAGGGAAGACUGGAUAGUCUGAAGCAAGACUUUGAACACAAGACCCGUGCUACGUUUAUGGUUGAUCUGGAUUUGGCGCUGAAGCACCCCGAACAGGCCAGGGCGGAGAACUUGGCGGACGAAUUUGAAAAUCUAGCCCUGUUUCGCGAUUUCCUCGACCAGGAGAGGAUGGAGAUUUAG